AUGGAGGAGGUGAUGGUGUACGAGAGCAGGGAGGCGAUGGUGAUGGUGGGCCUCUCUCGUCGAAUGAGAGAGGAGCAGGACAGAGAUGGACGCCAGAGGGAAACCGGCGCGAUGGAAGAGGAGGAGCCCGCCAGUGAUCGAGAGGUUCUGGGAGGCGACGCGAGGGGAGGCGUGUUCCGGCUACUGGUCAUCAGCAGGUCGCAGAAGCAGCUAGUGAUCAGAGAGGAGCGGGAGACAUUCGACCGGGACGCUUGCCGAGAGCGCAUCGAGCGCUUGUUGAACCUCCCGGGUCUGGUGGGGCUCAAGAAGGUGAUGGGGUGCUACGGGGUGCUGGGCUUCGUGAAGUUUGUGGACUUGUACUACAUGGCAGUGAUCGAGAAGCGAAGGCUCGUCGGCGACAUAUGCGGGCAUGAAGUCUUCGCGGUCGAGCAAGUUCGAUACCUUCCCAUCUCUGCUGUUUCUUUGGGGGCAGAGGUCAAGAGGAAAGAAGAGAAGUACCUGCGGUACAUGAGUGAGAACGACGUGAUGAAGGACUGCUUCUUCAGCUGCUCCUACGACUUGACCAAGACUCUGCAGACUAACCUUGGAGGCCUCCCAUAUGCGUGCAGUCGCGUGGCAGGAGAGGCGAGCAAGAUGUUCACUUGGAACCAUCAGCUGCUGGAGGGAGGAGGGUUUCUUUCCAUGCUGCACCACAAGCCCUGGGCCACGCGCCUAAUCCAUGGCUUCUUUGAGCAGCGAACCGUCGUCAUCGUCUCGCGGCAAAUGAGGCUGACGUUGAUUGCCCGGCGGUCACGCUGCUUUGCUGGGACGCGCUACCUCAAGCGAGGAGCGACACUUGAUGGGUUUGUGGCCAACGAGGUGGAGACAGAGCAGAUCGUGUGUGAGCAAGGGUUCACCUCCCGCCUCUCCUGCUCCUCCUACGUUCAAGUCCGAGGAUCCGUCCCUCUCUUCUGGUCGCAGGUCACUGACGCCAUGGUGCCCAAGCCUGACAUCGAGCUGCACCGCUUUGACUGCAUGUAUCAUGCGACUGCUGCUCACUUCAGUUCGCUACUGGAGAGGUACGGGCGUCCCGUGCAUGCGGUGGAUCUUGUGAAGCAGACGGAGAAGAAGCCGCGCGAGACGAAACUCGGAGACGAACUCGCCAAUGCGAUUCGCGUGUUGCAAGAGGGAUAUGCGGGAACUGACGCUCAGAAGAAAGGAGGGCCGUCAGGAACUGGGGCACAGGCCAAGCUGAAGUCGAUCAUGGUCAGCAUUAACAGCCACCUCCUUCCUCUUCGUGCGCGAGACUGCGACCAGGAUAGGCGAGACCUGAGCUUCAUCAGCUCCCGAUCGGCUGACAGCGCAAGGAGGAGCACAGAAUCUAUGGGGUCAGAAGUGCAGACCGGCGCCUCGGAAAAGAGCUCACAUGGAAGCGUUCUUCGCUUUCUCACUCCCGUCCUCGCUCCCUUCAUGACCUCAAGCCCAUCUGUGGAGCCGCUUUCUUCGAUGAAGGAGGACGAGGAAGAGGCGGAUAAGAAGGCUCCCUCCAGGAGCAGAGGGGCGUUGGGCAAGUACGACUGGUUGUAUUCCCCGCAAGGAGCGCAGGUCAAAGUCUGCAGUUCACAGCAGGUGGCGCAGCUGGUGCAGCUCCCGGAGGACCUGCCGGACUUGUUCGCGUCCUCCCCUCGCAGUCGCAGCAAGAGAAGGAGCAGCCGCUCCUUCCAGCAGCUCCUCCAGCAGCUCGUGGACGUGCCUGCUGACCGGAACUACACCAACUACUUGGACCUACAGUCAGCUGUGGAUGCCAAGACCAGCCAGCAAGAGGAGCGACUGAGCUGCUUCUGCCACCUGCCUCAGACCAGCCUCUAUGCCUUCACGCGCGAAGAAGGACCCGAGGUCUCUAGCUCCCCUCCCCUUUCUCCCUACAGCUCAGCUUUCAUCCAGGUGGACGUUUAUCGGAGGUACGCGAGACCUGCGAGGGUGUUGGGGUUGGAGGAAGAGGAGGAGAGGAGUAAGAGCAUGGCCAACGACAAGUUCGGGUCACUGGAGACUUGGGUGCUGGUUGACGACAAAUGA